AUGUCUCCAUUCUCGAGAAAUGUUUUGGUGGCAUUGAUGCUUAUGGCAUUUGUGUGGAACAAUGCUGUACCAACAAAUGGAAUCGCCAUCAUCGGGGUGAAAAAUCUGUUGGGUGAUAAUUUGGGCUUAGACGUUUAUUGUCCCCAUGUUGAUGGUAACCACCACGUUCUUGCCAAUGGUAUUGCCUAUCAGUGGAGAUAUAACGGUGAAGUUGCACCACCAGGAGAAUCACUGUUUCUGUGUUCCCUUCGAUGGCGUGGUGUUACCAAGUCCCUUGAUUUGUGUACGCCAAGUAAGUAUACUGGCUGUGAAAGUGUCAUUUGGGAUGUUAAACAAGAUGAAGUAUGCAGAGUUCUUCAGUUCUUGUUUUCUCUAUGUCAGUGCAUCGCUCAUUUCAUGUAA